ACUUUGCUCAUCUCGGUCCUGUUUAAUAAUCUUGAAACAGUUAGAGGUGGAAUUCAGGGUACGAUUCUUGGUGUCACAAAGGGAAGAGACAUUGAAAGGUUCUGGCUUGCUUACUGUUUAAUUUCUUGCUUCAUUAAAGCUAUUUAGCGAAAAAAUAAGUGGUGUUGAAGGAACGAAACUAGAUGACGAAUUUCUUGACAUGGAAAGGAAAAUAGAUAUUACCAAUAAAGCUGUUGCAGAAAUUCUUUCGAAAGCCACAGAAUAUCUUCAGCCAAAUCCAGCAUACAGAGCUAAGCUAGGAAUGCUGAACACUGUGUCGAAGAUUCGAGGGCAGGUGAAAACCACUGGCUACCCACAGACAGAAGGCUUGCUGGGCGACUGCAUGCUCAAGUAUGGGAAGGAGCUCGGGGAAGGCUCCACGUUUGGCAAUGCAUUGAUAGAAGUUGGUGAAUCCAUGAAGCUAAUGGCUGAGGUUAAAGACUCUCUUGAUAUUAAUGUAAAGCAAACUUUUAUCGAUCCACUUCAGUUACUCCAAGACAAAGAUCUAAAAGAGAUUGGGCACCACCUGAAAAAGCUGGAAGGCCGCCGCCUGGAUUAUGAUUAUAAAAAGAAGCGAGUAGGUAAGAUACCAGAUGAAGAAGUCAGACAAGCGGUAGAAAAAUUUGAAGAGUCAAAGGAGUUGGCUGAAAGAAGCAUGUUUAAUUUUUUAGAAAAUGAUGUAGAACAAGUCAGCCAGUUGGCCGUGUUUAUAGAGGCAGCUUUAGACUAUCACAAACAGUCCACAGAGAUUCUGCAGGAGCUCCAGAGCAAGCUGCAGAUGCGAAUAUCAGCUGCAUCCAGUGUUCCCAAACGAGAGUAUAAGCCACGGCCCAUAAAAAGGAGUCCUAGUGAGCUCAAUGGGGUGUCCACCACCGCAUCAGCCAAGACCACAGGUUCUAACGUUGCCAUGGACCAGCCCUGCUGUCGUGGUCUCUAUGAUUUUGAGCCAGAAAACCAAGGAGAACUAGGAUUUAAAGAAGGAGACGUCAUUACAUUAACCAAUCAAAUAGAUGAAAACUGGUAUGAAGGAAUGCUACACGGGGAAUCUGGAUUCUUCCCCAUUAAUUAUGUUGAAGUGAUCGUGCCUUUACCUCAGUAAAUGUGUGACUCAAACUUUGGACCUACUUUCGUAACUGAAAUGAAUUCACACCAGUGUUUCCUCAGUGUGGUGUUCUGUGACAUCCUUGCUCUUUGACCAACUUAAUGACUUUUGUAUGUGUGUUCUCUUUAUAAUGUAUUUUGUAUCAGUUUAAUUUGUAUAAACGAUUUUCUUGUCUUAGCGACAUGGAACUAUAGUUUUCUCGUUUGCUUACCGUCCUAAAAGUCACCGGUUAAAUAAAUGUAUGUGCUUCUUGUUGCUAAAAAUAAAUCGCAGUUAUGUUCAUGAAUUGCCCAUUUAUAUCGCUCAGCUGCAACGGAAUGCAAAAUUGGAAACUUAAGAAAUGCUAAAUAUUUUGUUUCCUGACAUUCUGAUGUCAUCUGGUCUCCCCUUGUGUCUUAGCUGACCUGUGAAUAGCCCAAUAAAUAUGACACAUCAUGUUGGCAAAA